AGAACCUUCAUAACGUUCUUUUCUUCUCAGACUCCCAAGUUCCCUCUCUACUUCUUCAACAUUCAUUCUCUUUCUCUACCCAUCUCUACCCCCCUGUACCGAAGCGCCGCCCACCGGCCUCCGUCACGCCUCCCCCGCCGGCCGCCGCCACAUCUGUACCUCCCAGAGGCCGAGUUUUAGUUCAAUCUUCCUCUUCGUGGAAUCAUAGCCGAGCUUUCCAGUUUUCGACUGAGUAGAAGGCCAAUUUCUGCAGCGAAAACUCUUAGAGCGACGAGAACUGUUGUAGUGAUGUUCAAAUUUUACCCUUAAUCCGCCAGGCACCGUAUCUUUACGGGAUGGAAAGCGAGGAGGCUGAGAAAAUUUUCACCAUUUUCAAGGAAUUCAUGGCAAGGGUUACAGAGUUUGACGAAUUAGUGGAUUUUGGAAGCAGAUUACUUGUUGGAUUUCAUCAAGGAUUGGAAUUUCUUCGAAAAUCGCCCAUAGACAAAACGUCAGAGUUGGUUAAAAACAUAAUUAGCGCUAACGAAACAAAGAGGCUUCGGUCAUACCUUGUUGCUGGAUGCAUAAAGACUCAUGAUGGCGAGCAAAACAUAAGCAAGUUGAAUACAUGCCAUGUUGGACUUAACGACUAUUUGACUAAAGGCAAAAGCAUGCUUAAUCAACUGGAAUCCCUAUUGGAGGAUGUAAUUAGCACAUUGCAGACUGCAGGACGAAAUUCGCCACCCUUUUUGGACAAAAUUUUUGCUGAUAGGACCAAAGAAGGACAAACUACAGACGAUGAGGAGGAAAUUCCAUCAUCUGAUUCUGAAAAAGUUGAAGUUACUGAUUUUGGUUUAUUGAUGGGGAUCAUCUACAGUAUGGUUAAGCAAGACUACAAGAUGCAGGAAAGGAUUGUUUCAGCUUUAAAUCUGGAAUCAUCUUCGGGAGAACUAGAGACUUACCGUCUUAUGUGGUCUUUGCGUCCUUUUGUAAAUGAUGAUAUCAUGCACCAAGCCUGGAAACUUAUUCCCUGAAUUUCUGUGAUGCGUGUUUGAGUGCUGAUAUUCAUUGGCUAAAAGAUUGUCAUCUCAAACUGAUCAAUUUCUGAAGAGUCAUUUAACCAAAAUGCAGUAUGUUUAUUUUACUGAAAGAGGCAAUGAGACAAAUAAAACUUUUACUAGUAAGCAUGAGUACUUUAUGCUUUAAAUGAAUCAAUAUGCUGUCCAUAAAUACACGCAUGUGGGAAGGUGGACACAAUUCAUUAUGCAGAGUACUUUAUUUUCGGGUUUUGAUCUAGUUUGAUCUUAAAUUCACUCCCUAAU